AUGUCACUUUUUGUCAUUUUUAAAUUUCCCGCCAGUUCCGUCCCCGUACAUCCCGACGCUCGCAGGGACCGGAAACCGGAAGACAGAUGCCGGCAUCGGCCGGAGGACAUUACAGGGGACACUGCAGGAGGGACAUCGUGGGAGAGCAGGACAAGGUAAGAGAAGAACAGAUCCCGGAGCAGCGCCACAUGGUAAGCCGAGUGUUGCUCGGGGUUACCGCUUGUGGCACUGAAACUUUACCCCGAGCUACACUCAGGAAUACCGCCAGGGGGGUUACAGUCAGAUUCAAUAUUUGAUACAUUUUCACAGCCAAUGUACAAUUUUUUUUAUUUAUUUUUUUUUGCUUAGAGUAGCAGCGUUCAAAGCACUGUCACUUUUUUUUUUCUGGUAAGACAUCUCUUUUCUCAUUGCAAAAAAAAAACGUA